AUGAAACCCCUGAGUCUCUGUAUCCUGCCCCUGCUGGCCGCCCUGUCCAUGGGGCUCUGCCCCCAACCUGCUGAUCUCAAAGAUGACCUGGGUAACAAGCUGUGUGCCCGUGCUUAUGCAGAUAGCAGCGUAUAUUAUGACAAAUGCUGUGGCGGAGAUUACCUGGAUAUCAACGCAGGAGAUGAUGUGCCCUAUGUCCCAUUAAAAUGGUUCAACCGCAUUUCCUCAUUGGUGGUGGGCACCCGAUGUGAGCUCACUGUAUGGUCAAAAAUACCUAAGGAUGGUGUCACCAAGAAGUUCAGCAGUGGGGUCCAGCCACGGCUGGCAGAAGUCAAGAAGGGACUCUUUGGAGACUGGGAUAACUCCAUCUCUUCCUAUUACUGCAAAUGUAACUAA